GUUAUGGACUAAGCGAUUUUUGCCAGAAAUAUAAUAACUUGAACAGAAAAUUAAUUUUGGUCACGGAUUUUGAAAAAAAUAAAGUACUACAACAAAUUUUCUACUAUAGUGACUGAUAAGUAUUUGCAUACGUAAAUAGUGUUAAAGAACUUAAGAUGCUUUUGACACAAAUCUGAACAAAACGGGCGUUGUACAAUAAAGCGAGUGGAACAAUGUUUAGAAAUAAAAACGGAUCGGCUAAAGAUGUUAUUUUCUGGCAACAACGUGGAGAUUCACACGCAUAAACGUAGGACUAGUUGGAUGUGGGAGAGCAGCUGCCGAAGACAUUGACUGUGGGGCUGUUUAAAAAAUUCAAUAAUGCGAUUAAAAAUAUUCCGCCAUGUUAAAACCUUCCAUGACAUCUUUAAUAUAUCACCACGUUUGCUAACAUCGAAAUUACGACCUAUAAGUGAUCGCAAAAAAGUUUACACAAAAAUGUUGGCAACCAAGUGAAUUAAAGAUUAUCGACAGCAUUGCGAUGGAAUCAUAUAAAUAUACCAGUGAUCGCAAGACUUGCACUAGUUAAAAGCGGCACCGCAGAGUGACUUUACCAAAUAGCUACAUCCAUACUUGUACUCCCGCCAAAGUGGUACAUCAGCAAAUAAGUUUUGUGAUAUUUUCGUCUAUUACACAUAAGUACGAUUCAAAUCGAGUAAAGUAAUAUUAAAUAAUAAUAAAAAAAACAACAAAUACAACCAAGAAAAUAUACAAUUAUAAAAAAUUAAUUAACGACGCCGUAUUUCAACAUAUAACUACUAAAUCGAAGUUAAUCAAGUACUUUAUAAACAUAAACAACAACGAUCAGUAGCAACCGUUCAACUUUACCUAUAAGUACACGCCUCUUACGUUCAUUUCUACCUAUAACUUCACCACCACCGUCAACACGUCUACCAUUCAGCUUGUAAUGUUGUCCGACGCUUAUGACACCGUUGAGUUGGACACCAUUGCCGAUGUUAUGGGUUUACGCUCACUAAAUCGCCUCAAUACAUUUCGUAAAAUGUGGUAUCACAUAUUUCUUUGGGCGCUUUUCUCCUCCAUUUUCAUACACACGUGCGCUGCUUUAGUUGCUUUUGUGACCCUACGCAAACACAAAUUCGGACGCUUCUUCUCUAUACUAAUUCUAGUAAUGGGAUUUUUAUCGCCUGCCAUGAGCGGCAUAGUAAAUAGCGCAGUGAUAGCAUUCGUGCAUCGGGCCUCCAGUCUGCCAAUGUCACCAAUAUAUGCCAUGGUGUGGGGUGUAGGUCAAACGAUAGUCUCAGCGUGUCUAGGUUUUACACGAAUUUUGGCUACACUAUAGAAAAGUGGCGCUUAAAACGGGGGGGAUGUAUGGCAAAUUGAGUGAAUGACUGACAGACGGACAGUUCCAAAUACACAUACAGACACACACGUGAAGUCUUAGUGAUAUUCGCAUAGAGUUUAAGUAUAAAAUAAUUAUUACGAUUGUAAAAAAAAAAAUUAAAUUAAUGUAUAUUUAUAAUUACAAGAUUACCAGUCCAUAAAUGUUCAUAUAAUGAUAAUUUAUCUACAUGUGUUUAUGUAAUAAGUUUUCUUACAAUAAUAUGUAUUAGUUAUCCCUUAUUCCCCAUAUAUAUAUAUAUACAUAACAUUUGCUUUACUUUAAUAUUUGCUUUAUUGACUAUUUGUCGAAAUUAUAUACACCAACAAACAAAUAAAUUAAUCAUAAUUACAAGUAUUCGUAAAAGCAUUCAUUCGUUAAAAAAAAUACACUUUACAUACAUCAUUAAUCAGUAAGCGAAAUAUGGUGAUUCAUGAACGCAUGCAAACAUUGUAAAAAUUAGAACUAAAUUAAUUACUCACUUCAUACUAAAAUAUAACAUAUAUAAUUGGGCUUUUUAAAUUAUAAUAAAAUACUACAAACUACCGGAGUGAAACCCAUGCCAUGCUACAUGCCAACGAACUUAAUUUUAACUGUCUAAAAAAUUUGUACAAAUUUUCGGCCAAUUAGUGUUAUAUAAAUAUUUCCUUAAAAUGCUAUAAAAAAAAGUAAAACAUAUAAAACUUCGCUUAUAUGUAAAAAAUUGGACGUAGUUUAAUGUUUGCAUCUACAUAACUGUUAAUUACAUUUCAAGUCAAGCGGUUGGCUCACAUAUCAAGUUGAAAUUAUCUCACAAUUCUUUUUUAUUUGGACAGGUUUCAGAAAUUUAACAAACCGGCGAAUUAAACCAUUUUGACAUAUUCGUGAUUCUAGAAAUAGUGAUGACUACUUAAUAAAGGAUAUGUUCAUGAAAUUUAUAAUUUGGUUGAUUAAAAAUCAGUUGCAAAUUAUUUUUAUUAUGUUUAAUGAUUAUUUUUUAAUUUAUUCGCAUUACAAAUACGUUCGUGUGUCGCGUACUUUUCCUGUCUAUGUUUAUACAAUAUCGAUUCACUUUUGCCAAAUAGAAAAGAAAUGGCAAUUCCAAAAAAAGUAAGAACAAUCACAAUAUUCGCUAAGAUUUUAACACUCAAUUAAUAUCGAAAUAUGUGUACGUAAACUCCAUAGAACAGUUAAUUUAUUCUUUAUAAAACUCGUAAUUGACAAGAAUAUAAAUAAAUAAAGACAUUUCUAAUUCGGA